AUGAACCAUUUACUUCCAUUAAACAAAAACGUCCACAGAAACCGAUCAACCAACCAAGUCUGUCUAAUUCUACUUUCGUCAACUCAAAUAACACCAGAAAAUCAGAAAACACUUAUUGUAGUAUCAGUACUAGGUGCUGCAUUUGUGCUAGCUCGUUCCCCUGCCGUUCGAACCCAAGCUGUUAGAUUUCCUCGUACAGGAGUACGUAAAUCUUCGUAUUAUCAUUUUGAGAACGACGAUGGUUAUCAUCUUCCUUUUAGUACAAAAAGUAAAACUGGUUUAGCCAUUAAAAUGACUCUAUUCUUUGGAACUGGUUUUUCUUUACCAUUUAUUGCUGGAAUGUGGCAAUUUCAUAAAGCUGGCAAACCAUUCUUUAAAACAGGACAACCACUUGCAUAA